AUGCUAUGGAAGAAUAUGGUAUUAUUUAUGGGUCUGCUGUAUGCACAUUUAGUAACUGGCUUGCUAACGUGGUCCGACAUUAUACCGUUAUCGGAUAGCAAUGGCGUUGUGCAUGUCACGCAAGAAAACUACGAGUGGUUGUCAAAUGGAGCACGGGAAUUUUAUUCUAUUGUACUAGUUACAUCAUCGAAGCCCGAUAGCCAUGGACAGGUGUGUAGGACUUGUGAGUCGUUUUGGCCAGUGUGGAACAAAAUAGCGUGGACGUUAACACAUACGCUACCUGAACAAAGAAGCCAGCACUUUUUGUUCUUUGAGAUAGAUACCAGUGAGAUUCAUAAAUUUGUGGAGGACAUGGGAUUGGUUGAUGUACCCCGAUGUUUAGUAUAUCCACCAGGGGAAGAGAAUGAAUUAUUCUCAUUUUCUACUAGUUUAUUUUAUGAGUUUCAGAUUAGCCCUGAGUUGACGGUAGAUAAGGCUGUUCAAUUUGCGGACUUCUUGGGGAGGAUUCUCAAUGUUUUUGUUAAUAUUCGGGAAGAUUUCAACCUGAAUUCAUUCUUAAAAAGCUUUGCCAGUUUCAUCCUAGUUUUUGUUGCAUUUAAGAAGAUAUGCUUACCGCUAAUCUCCAACAGGUUCAAGUUCAUUGGAUGCGUACUAUCGCUGCUUGGAAUCUUGAUUUCCAUUACGGGAUAUAAGUUUACCAAAAUCAAUGGCAUUCCAUUUAUAUCAAAGAAUGAAGAAGGGCAAAUAAUGUUUUUUGCAGGUUCAACAUCUUGGCAAUUUGGAAUUGAGAUUUUAACGGUAUCUCUAAUGUAUUGUGCCAUGGCUAUUUGUUUACUUCUCUUGAUCUGGGUGAUUAAAACUAAAAUACGUGUUCCUCCAUAUGGGAGAAUUUUAGCAAUAAUAAUACUUGACGUUGCACUCUUCAACUUGUUCUCUUACUUCUUAGAGUGUUACAAAAUCAAACUACCUUCUUAUCCGUAUCUUCUGCUAUAA